GAGGAUUUUGAGAAAGUCAGCAGCACAGCAAAAUAGAGAGCUGACGUGGAUUAAACUUGCGGAGAUUGUCAAUUCCAUCACUCUUGUCAGUCAUUAUCUGUCCCAAAAAGUUAAAGUCCUAAUUUACACGUCCCUUAAGGCUGUCUCACUUGGUGGUACAUUUUGUCCGAUAAGUCACAUUUUUAUUUGGCAUGAUAUUCGACUAGUUCUCACACCGUCGCCAAGAAAUAAAUAGUCAAACUAAAAUAAAUGCAAAAAGUUAAUAAAAAAGAGAAAAAUAUAUAAACAGAUAAAGGAACAGAAAGCAAUAAUUGAUUUGAUAGUGCCAUUGAAACACCUUUUCUGGUGCUGGUGAAGUGCAACAAUGAUGAACGGUGCGGCUUCAUACGGUCAAUCACAACAAAUGCCUGGGCCUGGCAUUGGAUACCCACCUGGAGGAAUGUCACAACCACCACCUAUGCAAAAUGGGUUUGAUCCAAAACACGGGAUGGGGGGUGGCCCACCUAAUCAGAUUAAUAGCAACCAAAAUCAAUACCAACCACAGCCGCCCCAUGCUCCUCCCCCGAUGCAAAAUCAAAUGUCAAAUGGACCCUUAGGCCAACCACCUCAACCAUCAUAUAAUCAGUUCAACAAUCAAUAUCCUCCUCCUGCACAGCCCCCACGUCCAACUCCCCCUAUGCAAAAUCCGAUGUCUAAUGGACCAACUCUGCCAAUGGUUGGCCAGCCCCCUCAACCACCUUAUAAUCAGGUUAACAAUCAAUAUCCUCCUCCUGGACAGCCUCCACGACCUACUCCCCCGAUGCAAAAUCAGAUGUCCAAUGGACCAACUCCGCCAAUGGGUGGUCAACCUCCUCCUCCUCAACCCUAUAAUCAGUUCCAACCACCACAACAGAUAAAUGCGUAUCAAGGACAGCCACAGUUUAAUGGACCACCCCCUGGUCCUCCUAGACCAGGCCAACCGAUGAUGGGACCACCAGGUCAACAGCAACCACAAUAUCCUUCAUACCCUCAGCAACCGGGACCCGUGGGUCAACCUCCUCAGUCUGGAAUGCCUGGUCAGCCAGCUUACGCACAACCGACGCAGCAACAGCCGAAACGACUAGAUCCUGAUCAAAUGCCAUCAGCUAUUCAAGUAAUGCAAGAAGACCAGCAAGCUCGUGGGGGACUGUUUGUAACGAAUACCAAAGGCCUUCUCCCUCCUCUUGUAACAACAAAGUUUCAAGUUGAUGAUCAAGGUAAUUCAAGUCCGAGAUUCAUUCGGUCAACAAUGUACAACGUGCCUGCUCUACCUGACAUGCUCAAACAAACUGCAAUACCAUUUGCAUUGAUCGUGAACCCAUUCGAAUCCCCUGCCAAGGAUGAACAACCAAUAGCAUGUGUCGACUUGGGAUCGAUUGGACCUGUUCGAUGCAUUCGUUGCAAAGCCUACAUGUCUCCCCUUAUGCAAUUCAUUGAUGGAGGGCGUCGGUUCCAAUGUCUUCUAUGCAAGGCAACCACAGAAGUCCCAGCCGAAUAUUUCCAACACCUGGAUCAUACCGGUCAAAGACUGGACAAGUAUGAACGACCUGAAUUGCUACGAGGGUCUUAUGAGUUUGUCGCAACUGCAGAAUAUUGUCGGAACAACGUAUUACCGAAGGAGCCUGCCUACAUCUUUGUAAUUGAUGUUUCCUACAAUAACGUGAAAUCUGGAUUGGUUAACUUGUUAUGUGCCCACAUUAAAUCCCUGGUUGAAGCUCUACCAUCACACACACCUGUGGGCUUCAUCACUUACAAUUCAAAAGUGCAUUUUUAUAACAUCGAUCCAACACUUGCUCAGCCCCAAAUGGUCAUCGUUCCAGAUGUAGCGGAUAUGUUUAUGCCAAUCUUGACAGGUUUCUUAGUCCCACGGGCUGAGGCCGCUUCUUCCAUCGAAGUCCUCAUGGAACAAAUACCAGCAAUGUUCGGUGACACUAAAGAAACCGAUGCAGUGCUUGGUUCCGCUAUUGUAGCAGGCACUGAAGCAUUAAAGGCUUCUGACCGCGCUGGAAAAUUGUUAACCUUCCAUUCGUCUCUUCCAGUUUCGGAUUCAAUCCCUAAUGCCAAAUUGAAAAAUAGAGAGGCAGACAGAAAAUUGCUCGGAACAGAUAAAGAAAAAGUGGUAUUAACACCACAGAGCACCUACUACAAUAAUCUAGGACAAGAAUGUGUCGCGGCUGGAGUGUCAGUCGAUUUGUAUUUGUUCAAUAAUUCAUACAUUGAUGUUGCAACUAUUGGGCAAGUAGCACGAAUCACUGGAGGCAGUGUCAACAAAUACACCUAUUUCCAGGCUGACAUUGACGGUCCACGAGUAAUUGGCGAAUUACAAUAUCAUUUAUCUCGUCCCGUUGCUUUCGAUUGUGUUAUGCGAGUCAGAACAUCAACUGGUGUGAGACCGGUGGACUUUUACGGUCAUUACUACAUGUCCAAUACAACAGAUGUUGAGCUUGCAGCCUGCGACUCUCAGAAAUCGAUUGCAAUUGAAAUUAAACACGACGAUAAGCUCACGGAUGAAGAUGGCGUUUAUAUUCAAAUUGCUUUGUUGUAUACUUCCAUUUUCGGCCAAAGGAAACUUAGAAUUCACAAUAUUGCACUUAGCACUUGUACUCAAAUGGCUGACUUGUAUCGCAACUGUGAAUUGGACACAAUCAUAAACUUCCUGGCCAAACAAGGCAUAUCGAAAUCUGUGGAUUCGACCCCUGCGGCCCUUAAGGACAGUGUCAUAAAUCGGUGUUCCCAAAUGUUGGCGACAUACCGUAAACACUGUGCGAAUCCCUCAAUGCCUGGCCAAUUGAUAUUACCUGAAUGUCUCAAGCUUUUGCCAUUGUAUGCAAAUUGUGUACUGCGAAGUGAUGCUGUCGCAGGGACUGCAGAACUGACACCAGAUGAUCGUUCCUGGUUGAUGUACAUGUGUAUGACCAUGGGUGUGAAUGUAUCGGUGCAUUAUUUUUACCCUAAACUGAUACCCAUCGCCGGCCCUGGAAUAACUUUAGACAACCCAACACCCGUGAGAUGUUCCCGAGAUAAAAUGAGUGAUGAAUAUGCCUUCCUUUUAGAAAACGGUGUUUAUAUUUUUAUGUGGGUUGGAUCCGCGGUUAGCGGAGAAUGGUUACAAAACAUUUUUGGGUCCUCCAAUUUAGCCCAAAUAAAUGUAGAAGUAAUAACAGAACUUCCAGACCAUGUAAAUUCAGACGAGUCUUUAAGACUCCGAGCGUUGAUUAGAUCUAUUCGAACCGAACGACAGAGACAUAUGCGGUUGACUAUCGUAAGGCAGCGUGACAAGAUGGAAGCGGUGAUGAAUAAAUUCCUGAUUGAAGACCGUGGAUCCGAAGGCCAACCAUCCUACGUCGACUUCUUAUGUCAUAUGCAUAAGGAAAUUAGAGCUCUUCUAAAUCAAUAGUUUAUUUUUCUAUUCUAAUUUAUCGUGUUCUUUCCCAUGUCGUGACACAAAUGUUUGGAAUUAUAUCAUUCAAUUUAUCGGCUGAACGCUAAAAUAUAUUUAGGAUUUCUCGAAUCAAGAAAUUUACAAUUUCGAAAAAUGUAGUGUCCUUAAAGAUUGUUUGCUAAGUCUGCUGGCGUGAUCGUGAUCCACUCAAAUUUGAUCAUGCCAAAAUGAACACCAUUAUCCAGAUAAUUUGUGUAGAAUUUGUAAUGAUGAUCGGUUGUUGUGUUACUUAUUACUAGAAGAAAUCGCAUAAGGAUAUUAUCCCAGUUAUAAAUUUUUACGACCGUUUAAUAUUUAAAUAGAUUAUAUUUGAACUGUUACAUUUGAAUUACAUAGAGAAAAAGUAGGCGACCUCGUUGUAUUUAGCUUUACAAAUUCGCACUAAUUGCGAUCCCAACAAUUUUUACUCUUAGUUUAUUAGUUGGUGUCGACAUUAUAUUUUACGUAUCUGCGUGUUUGUUAGAUUUCUAAUAAUAACUCCCAUGAUAUUUCGUAUCGAGUCUAUGAUUAAAUUCCCGGGGGUGCUAAAAUAUCUUUAAAGUAACGUAAUUAAUUUCUACGUAUAUUAUCGAAAUGUGCAAAAACUGUCUAUUGCUCGUUUCCUAAUAUAAUUAUGAUUGUUAUCCAUCUUCGAACUAAAUCUUGCAUACACAGAUACAAUAAAAAAUAAAUUAAUCUAUCAAAAAGAA